CGAAUUUCCCUCAGUUGGUUUCCGUUAGCUUUUGGGAAGGGAGAUGGUCAGAGUUUGUGUUGUACAGAUGUGUUUUACGUGAUGGACGGGAGUCGACGAAACUAGACCGGAGAGUGUUAGAAUAAUGCUUCAGCUGCCUUAACGUGCUCAACCAUGGCCAUAAGGGAGCUGAAAGUUUGUCUGCUCGGGGACACUGGUGUGGGGAAAUCAAGUAUCGUGUGUCGAUUUGUUCAAGAUCACUUUGACCACAACAUCAGUCCAACAAUAGGUGCAUCGUUUUUAACUAAGACCGUCCCCUGUGGAAACGAACUUCACAAAUUUCUGAUCUGGGACACUGCAGGACAAGAGCGGUUUCAUUCGCUGGCUCCCAUGUAUUACAGAGGCUCGGCGGCAGCUGUCAUUGUUUAUGACAUCACAAAACUUGACUCAUUCCAGACGUUAAAGAAGUGGGUGAAAGAGCUGAAGGAACAUGGGCCGGAGGAUAUAGUUGUGGCCAUCGCUGGAAAUAAGAACGAUCUGGGUGACAUCAGGGAAGUUCCAACUAAGGAGGCGAAAGAGUUUGCAGAGUCAAUUGCAGCCAUAUUUAUGGAGACCAGUGCCAGAAAUGCUGUAAACAUAGAGGAGCUGUUCCAAAAAAUCAGUCGACAGAUCCCUCCGCUGGAGAACACGGAUGCAGACAGCCACGAGUCCUUCAAACUGACUCGACAACCUCCUCCUGCCACUAAACGCUGCUGUUAGACACUACAAAUGCCCUACAACAUGGAUCUCAGUGGGAUUGCACCCCCUGUGGUACUUUUAAAACAAUUCAAAGUGUGUUAAAGGGGUCAUGACAUGAAAAGUACAAUUUCCUUUUGAACUUUUGACAUAUUAGAGGUCUUCGUACCAUGAAAGCAUACUGCAAAUUUAUUAGCUUACAUAACAUCCUCAUUAUAGGCAAAGCAUUUAUUUUAUUAAGCUCUUACAGAAUUGCUCAUUUGGAAAUGAAGUGGAAUGUGAUGUCACACAGGCACAUACAGAUGAAGUCAAAAUGAUUAGCCCUCAUGUGGUCUUUUUCAAAUAUUUCCAAAUUCUGUUUAUCAGAGCAAGGAAUUUUUCACAGUAUUUCCUAUAAUAUUUUUUUCUGGAGAAAUUCUUAUUUGUUUUGUUCUAUUUGGGCUAGAAUAAAGGCAGUUUCUAAUUCUAAACCCUUUUAAGGUCAAUAUUAUUAGCCCCUUUAAGCAACAUUUUUUUUCGAUUGUUUACAGAACAAAUCAUCAUUAUACAAUGACUUGCCUAAUGACGAUAACUUGCCUAAUUAGUCUUUAAAUGUCACUUUAGAUCUCGAGAACUCCCCUGCUUUAGUAGCUAAUGAACAGAUAGUGAUUGCUCUUAAGAGAUAACUACUUACUAGGAGCAUGUCCAUGGUGCCGAUUUGUAUUAGUCAAUUAGCUUAAGUUGCAUGUUUUUGGACGGUGGGAGGAAAUCGGGGAACCCGGGGGAAACCCACAUGAGCAUCGGGAGGACGUGUAAACUCUGCACAGAAACGUCAGCUGGCUUGGUAAGGACUAGAACCAGUGACGUUCUUGCUGUGAGGCAACAGUGCUAACCACUAAGCCACAGUGCCAACCAUCUAGGAAAGGAGGAGGAGUAGGGGUGGAAGGCGGGAUUCUUCAAAAUGAAGAUGGCUGUUAUAUGAAACUUAGGGUAUUUAUAGUGGCUUAGGAAUCGUCUGAUUGGUGAAUCAUAAAUUGGAUAAUGUGGGACCAACCGCAAGCAAUCAUAAGCACGUGAUCUUCUCGUAAUUAGUUUAUAAAUAAGCUUCACUUAGAAAUCGUGAAAAAAAAAUAUACAGGGGCGUAAUAAUUCUGGAGGGCUAAUAAUUCUGUGCAACACCUCCAGAGCAUCACCGAAUACAAUUUGUAGUCUCUUUUUUUUUUUGUCACGUGACCUGGUCUUGUCAACAGUACCAAAAAAGAGAGAUGAACACAAACUGUACAUUUUGGGCUCUUGAAAUCCAUAAACAGCUCCCUGCUGUGUUUUUUCAGCCUUCAUGGGAGAUUACAGCCAUCUUGUGGAGAAUCCCUCGAUUCAGUCGUUAUAUUUAGUAUCUGUUUCUUUUACUUGUAAUACUAUUUGUUGGUAGAUAUAAUGUAUUUAUUCACUUCUGUGCUUUAUACUUUCACUUUGCACUUCAAUUUGUACUUUAAUUGCACUUAACUGCUAAUUAGAAAAAAAAAAUUAGUCAAGUAUUCACCCUAUUCUUCGGGUGUGAGCGGGUGCCACCAUUUGAAUCUUUUUGGCUCGAGACUUCCGGUCUUAUUCACUUCUAUUAAUUUUUAGACAUUAAAAACAGCUUGAUAUGCUGCCUGAUGUUGCAGACUGACAUUUACUUAUUAUAUGACUCUGCUUUGUUUGUAUAAUCAUGCAAACACUUGUUUGUAGAGCAAGUAGUUUGACCAUUUUCUGCAGUUUAUUAUCCCUAGUCAUUUCUCCCAUGGGCAGCUGAAUCGGACGUUCUGAAACGAUCACAAAAACGAGCGCACUUCUGCAUUAAAGAAUAAGGUCAAUAGGUAGGGUUGUUACAAUACAGGAAUUCGGUACCAAUCGAUGCUGUAAUAAAAAAAAUAAAAAAACGUCCAUACCCCACUGACAUUUGAGUGCAUUCUUAAACAGCGCUGAUUUGCCAUUGUGUCCACGUGCUCAACAGAAAUGACUGUGAUUGGCCAGGAAGGUCAUCAGGUCACCAAAAUCACCGCUGUUUACUGAGUGUAAGCACAUAUACAGGGACACUGGAGCGUUUUAAAGCCUCGAUCGCUCGUAUGUCAGCUUAUAGACAAGCCAGCUGAUCGACGUGACUUUGAAACACUCCAGUGUCUGUGGCUACACUCAGUAAACAGCGGUGAGUUCGGUGAACAUCACGGUAGGGCAGUGCAAUUUGGGGAAAAUAUCUUAAUUGCAAUUUUUUUGACAGAUAUUGCAAUUGCGGUUUAAUUUACGAUUUAAUUCAAGCUUCAAGCUGAUUUUAACUUCAUUCUAGCCUCAUCUCAAUAAUCUGCAAGCCGUGGCAACAAUUCUGCAACAGCUCUAAAAAUGACCUGUUUUUGUUCAGUGUCUGUGACUUUGAAACCAAAAUAUUUUCAUAUUACAAAGGCUGUUUUUCUAUGAUAUUAAUUUAUCUAAUAGUGCUUCUGAAGCAGCAGAUGCCAUAAUCCCACUUGUCAGAGCUUUCCUGUUUGUUUUCUUAUUUUGUUUUAAUUGUGGGCAUAGUUUGGUUAGGCAAUUCUGAUUGGCCAGAACGAAAUUGUGCUCACUCAAUUGGCUAGUACACACAGACUAUUACACACAGCAGGCAGUCAUGCAUUUGCUCUGGGUGGGGGAAAUUACAUACAAAUAUAUUUCACAUUGCAGCCUUUUGCAAUUAACCUCUUCGCAAAGUUUCUGUGCCAGUCACAGACAUUUCUGUUGAGCACGUGAACACAAUGGCAAAUCAGUGGUGUUUAAGAACAUGCUCAACAGUGCUAACUUGAGUAUUCAUUGGUACCUAAUUCCAGAUUCACUACAACCCUAGGUAUAGGUACGUCAGAUUAGAAUAGGCCAAUAAUGCUGCUGUUUAAAACAAAUGCACAA